AUGGAUUCUCCCAAAUCUAAACGACCCCGCAGCUGUGAGUAUGAAGCGACUGAAACACUGGGCUUAGAUGAUGCGUGUGUGGACGUGAGCGUCAUCAUGCCCGUGCACAACGCCGCCCUUUGGCUGGAGGAGUGUCUGCAGUCCAUCCUCGACCAGGACUUCACAGGAUCCAUGGAGCUGUCUGUCUUUGACGAUGCCAGCACUGAUGACUCCAGAAAAAUUGUGGAUGACUGGAAAGAAAAGCUUGAGAAAAGGGGAGUUUCACUGAAGAUCUCUGGGCACAACUCAGCCCAACCAAAAGGAGUGGGAUAUGCAAAGAACCAGGCCAUUUCUCAAAGCUGCGGACAAUACUUGUGCUUCCAAGAUGCCGAUGAUGUAAUGAAGCCUCAAAGAGUUCGGUUACAGCACGAGGCCGCUCUGCACCACCCAAACACUCUGAUCGGCUGCAGGGUCGAGAGGAUUCCCGAAGGCUCCACAGAACGUUACACUCGUUGGAUCAACAGCCUGACGCAGCAGCAGCUCUCCACACAGGUGUUCACGUCUCAUGGGCCCACUGUCGUCAUGCCAACCUGGUUUUGCUCCAGGACGUGUUUGGACAAAGUUGGACGGUUUGACGAAGGGGGAAAGGGCGUUCCCGAGGACCUGCUGUUCUUCUACCACAGUCUGCGUCAGGCUGUGAGCGUGAGGAGAGUCGACCAGUGCCUCCUGGUUUACCGCUUCCACGAAAAGGCUGCGACUCACUCCGUUUCAGAGGAUACCAUUUGGAAGCUGCGUGUGGACUUCCUGCAGGAGAGAGUGCUGGUCCAGUGGGAGAGCUUCACCAUAUGGAACGCUGGCAAACAGGGCCGGAAGCUCUACCGCAGCCUCAGUCCAGCCAAUCAGAAGAAGGUCAAAGCCUUUUGUGACGUGGACGAGAAUAAGAUUAAGAAAGGAUUCUACACGUAUGAGGAGUCCAAGGAAAGGCCAAAACCCAAAGUCCCAGUCCUUCUCUACAAAGAGGCCUGCGCUCCUUUUAUCAUCUGCAUUAAACUGGACAUGACCGGAGGUGUUUUUGAGGAAAAUCUCAACUCACUGCAACUGGAAGAAGGAAAAGAUUAUUAUCACUUCAACUGA